AUGAGAAACCAAAAUACUAAAUUUAAUGAGUACUUUUCAAGUGCUGUUGAUAGUUAUCAGAUUCAACAAUUUGCUGAAAGUGGAGUUUUUAAUGCAAAUCAAGAGAAUUAUGUUAGAGAGAAAUGUAAAACAUGCUGUAGAGUUAUUUUUGCAUCAGACUAUAACUAUAAGACCGAAAAACAAUUUACUGAUGAAGAUGACAAGAAUGAAACACCAAGGUAUGUCAUGGAUAUGGAAUUUGAUGAUAAAAGAUCUGUUAGAUAUCCAGAUGGGAAUUAUGAACAAAAUGUUCUUUUAAGACCAUUAAAACAAGGAAAUGAACUUCAAUUCUUUGAAUUUGCACCAUACAGAAUGUACACGUGUUAUGCAAUUCCAAAAAGAGUACAUGAUAUUAGAGCAGGAGCUGUUGAAGGACAUACACUGAUUAUUUGGUCAAAAAAUCCACCAUUAUCAGAUGCACCAGGCACUCGAAACCAAAGAUUUGUUUAUGUCCAUCCAUAUCCAGAUUCAUGGUAUCCAGAAUAUCAUACUGUUAUUAAAUAUAGAAAUAGUCGUGGAGCUCUUGUUGAUAAGAAGCUUGAAUGGCCUACAUAUAAAAGACAUUUUUAUCUUCCUUAUCGACUUGAUGUUGAUCUUUGUUAUCAAGCAAAGAGUGCAGCAGAUAUACCAUCUAAAUGGUAUGGGAAUAGACAUCUUAAUACUAUUGGUGAUAGUUAUCAGAUUACAGCAUCAGUAUGUAAUGCAAAAGAACCUAGACAAAUAUUCAUUCCAGUAUUUGCAUAAUUGAAAUAAUAUUUAAC